AAAGAAUCAAUGGGGAAAAAAGAAAGGGAUAAUCAAACGAUGGUGACAGAAUUCAUCCUCAUAGGAUUCAAGACUCUACCUGAGUUUCAGAAACUCCUCUUUGUUAUGUUUUUAGUAAUCUAUACGGUGACCAUAGCUGGAAACAUCCUCAUUGGCACUAUAGUUCUGGCUGAUCAUCACCUUCACAAGCCCAUGUACUACUUCCUGGGAAACCUAUCUAUUUUAGAGACUUGCUACACCUCCACCAUUGUUCCUAGGAUUUUAGCCAGUUGUAUAAGUGACUACCAUGGAAUUACUUUCAGUGGGUGUUUCCUGCAAUUCUAUUUCUUUGCUUUUUUAGCUGGAACUGAAAGCUACCUCUUGUCUGUGAUGUCCUAUGAUAGAUAUUUAGCUGUAUGCAAGCCACUCCAUUAUAUAACCCUCAUGAAUAGGAACUUAUGUGUUCAGUUGUCCCUUAGUUCUUGGAUCACCGGCAUUGUGGCUAGUGCAUUUACAACAAGUUUCAUUUCACAGUUGAAGUUCUGUGGCCCCAAUGAAGUGGACCAUUUCUUUUGUGAUUACACACCGCUCUUAAUAUUGUCCUGUAGCAACACUCAACAGACAGAACUGGUGAUGACCAUCCUGGGUUCUCUGUGUACCAUCCCACCACUGCUACUCACACUCGCUUCCUAUGUUUGCAUCAUCAGCACCGUUUGGAAAAUCCCUUCAAACAGUGGCAGGAGCAAAGCAUUUUCGACCUGCUCUUCCCAUCUUACUGUGGUCACACUUUUCUAUGGCACCCUAAUCUUUGUGUACAUAUUACCAAAAACCAGCACACUGAGGAACCUGAACAAAAUUUUCUCUGUUUUCUACACCAUCCUGACCCCCAUGAUCAACCCCUUCAUCUACAGCCUGAGAAACAGAGAAUUUAAGGAGGCCUUCAGGAGAGUUGCAAGCAAACUUGUGCCAUUGCAAGUAACUCAGGGAGUCCAACCUCGGUAA